AUGGAAAACCUCACGCCAGAACAAUGGCGCGAGAUUAUGAACAAGAAGAUGCGGUACCCUCCGGAGCUCAUCAAUGCCAUUCAGGAAGGGAAAACAGAGCUGCUGUGUGGGCUGCUGAAUACCGGUGAUGGCAUCAUCCGCCAGCUGGAUGACUCCGAGGACCGCCAGUGGAGGGAGGCCCUCAACCUGUCCAUCCGCCUCGGCAAUGAGGAUGCCAUGGACGCCCUCCUGCAGGGGGUCAAGUUUGACUUCCGGCAGAUUCACGAGGCCCUGCUAGUUGCUGUGGACACCAACCAGCCCAGAGUGGUGAAGCGUUUGCUGGACCGCCUGGACCAGGAGAAAGGCAACAAGAUGGACGUUCGCUCCUUCUCUCAGGCCAUCUUUGACCAUUCCAUUGACAACUCCCAGUUUGCCCCUGGUGUGACUCCUCUGACCUUAGCAUGCCAAAAAGACCUGUAUGAGAUUGUCACCAUGCUCACCCAAAAAGGUCACGUCAUCCCAUGGCCUCAUAAGAUAUCCUGUGCCUGCCUGGAGUGUCGCAACGGCAGGCAGUACGACUUGCUGAAGUUCUCCUUGUCUCGCAUCAACACCUACCGUGGCAUCGCCAGCCGUGCCUACCUGUCCAUCACCUCAGAGGAUGCCAUGCUCCGAGCUUUCAGUCUCAGCAGAGAGCUCCGGAAACUCUCGCAGAAAGAGCCAGAGUUCAAGCCUCAGUACCUGGGCCUGGAGGAGCUUUGUCAAGAAUUUGCCGUUGAGUUACUGGGUAUGUGUCGCAACCAGAGCGAGGUGACCACUAUCCUGAACAGCUGUGGAGACGACAGCCAGGAUUCCUUAGAGCAGCAGGCCUUUGAGGAGGGAAUACCCAACUUGUCACGUCUGCGGCUUGCUGUCAACUACAACCAGAAGCAGUUUGUGGCCCACCCAAUCUGCCAGCAGGUGCUGUCGUCUAUCUGGUGCGGGAACCUGGCAGGCUGGAGAGGCAGCAGGACGGCCUGGAAGCUGUUUGUCUCUGUGGGGAUCUUCUUCACCAUGCCCCUCCUCUGCCUCGUCUACUGGAUUGCACCCAAGUCAAAGGUAGGAAAGAUACUACGGAUCCCUGUGAUCAAGUUUCUUCUCCACUCAGCCUCCUAUCUGUGGUUUCUCAUCACAUUGCUUGGGGAGUCAAUAACAAUGGAGCUGUAUCGAGACAAAUUUGCUUCCCGGCAGCAGAACAUCCUGCACAGCUCUUUCCACAUGGUGUGGGUGGUUGGAUUCUUCUGGUAUGAGUGUAAGGAAGUGUGGAUCGAGGGGCUGCGCAGUUACUUCCUGGACUGGUGGAACUGCUUAGAUGUGAUGGUGCUCAGCAUGUACCUGGCUUCCUUUGCGUUGCGUGUGCUUAUCAUGCUCAAAGGUUUAUUCCUCUGCAAUGAUCAGAAUGGCGCAGAGGAGUGUGUCUACUUCACUCAGACUGUGCGUGAGGACUGGCAUCAGGAGGACCCUCAGCUGAUUGCAGAGGUGCUGUUUGCAGUGACCAGCAUGUUGAGCUUCACGCGGUUGGCGUACAUCCUGCCAGCACAUGAGUCGCUAGGAACUCUUCAGAUCUCCAUAGGGAAGAUGAUUGAUGACAUGAUGAGAUUUAUGUUUAUAUUGAUGAUCAUUGGAACCGCCUUCCUCUGUGGCAUCAACAAUGUCUAUGUUCCUUAUGUCAUCUCUCCACAUCUUGGCAGGUUUAAUGAGACCUUCCACUUCUUAUUCUGGACCAUGUUUGGCGUGGCCAACCAGGACUACGUGGACAUGCCCCAAUUUGUGUUGGCAGAGUUUGUAGGAAGGAUUCUUUAUGGCAUCUUCACACUCGUCAUUGUCAUCGUCCUGCUCAACAUGCUUAUUGCUAUGAUCACCAACUCCUUUCAGAAAAUCGAGGAUGAUGCAGAUGUUGAGUGGAAAUUUGCCAGGUCAAAGCUGUAUCUCAGUUACUUCAGAGAGGGCCUCACCAUGCCUGUGCCCUUCAACAUCAUCCCCUCACCCAAAGCUUUCUAUUAUGUAAUAAGGGGUAUCUUUAGACGGAUCUGCUGCUGCUGCAAUUGUAAUUCUGAGAAGGACUAUCCCCCUAUAGUCUCUAUGACUAAUGGGCAGGAGUCAGAUGAGAGCCAGUUACCUUACCGGCAGCAGGUGAUCAGAGCUCUGGUGCAGCGCUACAUUGAGUCAGCUCGCAGGGAAUUCGAGGAGACCAAGAGGAAAGAUAUCGGUAACCGGAUCACUGAGCUGAGCAAAGCGGUCAUCAGGAUGCAUAAUGACAUCAAAACAGCCCAGCAGCUGAUGAUUGAUGAUGGACACACUACAAACAAGGCAGAAGCACUGAACAAGGAUGGCUCCUCUAUACUGGGGAAAUACAUCAUUGGUGCCAAGAACAACUUCAGAGGUUUUAACACCAAUCAUGAAGACACAUCACUUAAAGUGACAGUGCACAAUGGAGCGGAAGGGGUGGAUAAAGAAAAUGUUGACUCAGAUACAAAACAGGAGUCAGACGCACGACAACAGAACGAGGUGGGCGAAUGUGGAGCAGAGGGAUCAAAGCAGGUAACAGACUGUGAUGUGGUGAAAAUGGAAGAAGGCAGAGCUAAAGCAGAGCUAGGAGACAACAAGCAAAGUGAGAAAAAGGAGCAAAAAAAAGAGAUGGGAGCAGACAAAAAUGAAAAUACUGAUAAAGAAGUGAAAGAAGAGGUGGUGGCAGAGACAAGUUUUAAUAAUGUAGAAGAAAAGAUAAAAGCAGAGGCCGCACAGGAUGAGGCAGGAAAAGGAAAGGAAGCAGAGAUACUCACAGGGGCAAAGGUCGGGGCAAAACACACAGAGACGACCCCCAAACAAGCUGAAAUGGAGGCAAAACGGAUGAAGGGAAGAAAGUUUGAGCAUAAUGCAGCAGAAAAGUCUGGUGUCAGGGAAAACAAUGACAAACCUGGAACCAAGAAAAUCAUUCCCUCGCCAACAGGCAGCAGCAGCUCCCAGGACACGGGUUUUGGUUCCCAAGAAGGGGAGGGGUCGAUCGAUGGGAUACUAGUAAGACCGUAA